UUUAAGACUUGUGAUCCAUGUGUUUCGGCCAAAAUUUUUAAUAAACAAAAUAGUGUUUUAAGCAAUGGAGUAUACGGAAUUAUUUACUUUAAAGCAAAAUAUUCAUUUACAAACCAUUUGUGAGGUAGAAACCGAAUUGAGAUUUUUGUUUAUUUCACAUUAAAUUUGAUAAUCAGUAUCCAGAUAUCUAGUUGAUUAGUUUUCAAUUUGGGGACAAUAGCCAUAAAAUAAUUACUGGUAGAAGUUUUUAAAAUUUUUCCAAAUUGCAAGCUAUAGAAAGAAAUGAAGAAGAGAUAAAAAAAUGGACUAAUUUUCAAAAAGAAUGUCAAGUAGUUUUAGAAGGCCUUCAAACUUUACCAUUAGAAUUAUCCAUGAAUUGUAUGAUACCUAUUGGUAAGCAGGCUUUGAUAGAAGGUAAAUUAAAACAUACCAAUGAAAUUUUAGUAUGUCUUGGAGAAGGAUACUUUGUUAAAUACUCUGCAGCACAAGCUAUUGAAUUAACUAAACGCAGAAUAAAACGUACUCAUGACAUGUUAACAUUUUUGAAAUCCGAGAGGAAUUUAUUUGAAUCAAGGAAAAAUUGUCUUUUAAGUUAUGGAGUAUUUGAAGAUAUUGUAAAAGAUGAUCUUGUAGAACACUGGAAUGACCAAGAUUUACAAAACUGGAGAGUUCAACAUAGACAAAGAGAAAAAGAGUAUCAUGAGCAAAAAUCGAAACAGAAAAACUCAAAUCAAAAUUACCUUAUUACAGAGGAACAAAUAUUUCAAAGAUUAGAUGAAUUAGAACUUGAAGAGGAACUAAUUGAUGAAUAUAACAGGUUACAUAUUAAUCAACUUGAUGGUGAUGAUGAUGAUGAUGAUGAUGAUGAUGAUGAUGAUGAUGAUGAUUAUGACAAUGAUGAUGAUGAUGAAGAUGAUAAUCAAGAAAUGGAACCGAAAAAAAAAGAUUUAAUAGGUUCGCAAAAACCACUAAGCAAAGAAGAAGAGAGCUUAAAAUGUAAUUAUAUGGUAAAUACGGAAGAUGAAGAUAGAUUAUUUAAUAAUGUCAGAAAAGUGUCCUUUCAAGGUACUAGUGAUGUAAAUAACUGUGAUAAGAAAAAAUUUAAUAUUGAAACUAAAAAGAACUAUAACAAAUCAAGCGUUCCCAAUACAGAAGUAAAAUAUAAUCAGGGCUCUAAUCUUAUUUCAAAAAUUAAUUUUGAGCAUUCAAAUGUUCCUCCACAAUUGCUUGACAUUGACAAAAAGGUGAUCAAUAAUCCAGCAGAUAUUUACAAUGUAUGUUUUCAACCUAAGUCCAUUUUAAAACGACCACGAGACAACUUAAAUAGUAAAGAUUUUUCAUUAGAAGAACACUCGACAGAUAAAUAUGUCGAAUGUGAUACAAAAAAAGUGUCAGCAUUUGAAAAUUUGGUCACACAAACAGUUAAAGAAAAAAAACAGGAGUCGAUUCAAACUGACAUUUUGGAUUCUGUAAGUAAGAAAAAACCAGUCAGCAGAUUCAAACUGGAAAGGGUAAAUAAAUGACAAUAAAUAAAUUAAAUAAUUAAAUAACAAGUCAUGGUUAAUAUUAAAUAAAUAAAUUUUUUAAUGUUAUAAAAAA